ACACGUGAUCCUCGGGGGCAGCCCCGGCGGUGGGGAAUCCAGGCAAAGCUGGCCGGUAACUGGGGGUAGCACAGGGGCUCCCCAAUCCUCCCGGGGUCGAGGGGGGUUUCUUAGCGCCCCGUGACCAUUUGGAGGGGAGCGGGGGGGGGUCGAAAGCCGUCCCCUCCCAACUUUUCCGGAGUCCCUCGGAGCCGGAACGGCCCCUCGCGUUUUCCCCCGCCUCGUCAGCGCCCCCUGGCGUAGCCGCGGCUCGUGCACCGCCCCCGGCCCGCCCCCGCCCGCCGCGGCUCCUCCCUUCCCCGCAGUUCUAGAGUGCCCCAUUCCGGUGGGGUCCCUGCUCGAGGUGAGGGCUCCGCAGCUGCUCCUCGGCCCCGGCCGCACCCGCGCCCGCGAUGCAGAAGAGCUGGAAAAAGCUCCCGUCUUCCCAGACGGCGGUCGAGGGGACCAUGGACGAGUACCUGAGUAGCCUGGGGCUGUACCGUAAGCUCACGCCCAAGGAUGCCUCCUGCCUUUUUCGAGCCAUCUCGGAGCAGCUUUUCUCCAGCCAGAUUCACCAUUUGGAGAUCAGGAAGGCGUGCGUCGCCUUCAUGAGAGAGAACCAGCGCACUUUUGAAUCUUACGUGGAAGGCUCUUUUGAAAAAUACCUGGAACGGUUGGGAGAUCCAAAGGAAAGUGCCGGCCAGCUGGAAUUAAGAGCGCUUUCUCUCAUUUAUAAUCGAGACUUCAUUCUCUAUCGGCACCCUGGGAAACCUCCAACUUUUGUCACAGAUAAUGGCUAUGAAGACAAGAUCAUGCUCUGCUGUUCCAGUAAUGGUCAUUAUGAUUCCGUGUACACCAAGCAAUUUCAGGCUGAUGCCGCCAUUUGCCAGGCUGUACUCUAUGAAAUUCUCUACAAGGAUGUGUUUGUUGUGGAUGGGGAAGAGUUGAAAACUGCCUUUGAGGUAUAUCGUGACAGUGCCAGGAAGAACAGAAACGACAACUCCUUGGGGAGUGAUGACAGGAUGGACGAAUGGGGCCCGAGCACCAGCAGUGGCCAUGAACACCUCUCUGAUAGGUAUUGGCACGGACCAGAGGAAGGAAAGUUUGCAGAGAAUGUGUCCAAGAUGCCUUUUCCCUACAAAGUACUGAAAGCUCUGGACCCAGAGAUCUACCACAAUGUGGAGUUUGAUAUUUGGCUGGACAGCAGAAAAGAACUUCAGAAAUCGGAAUGCAUGGUGUUUGCUGGGAGGCAGUAUUUUCUGGGAGACAAGUGCCAGGUUCGAUUGGAGCCAGGAGGGAGAUACUACAAUGCUCACAUUCAAGAAGUUGGCAGUGAUAAUACCUCAGUCACAGUCUUUAUCGAGGAGCUUGCAGAGAAGCAUGUCAUCCCGUUGGCUAACUUAAAACCAGUGACUCCAGUGACUCCAGUGACACCUGUUCCUGUCUGGAGUGUGCUCUCUAAUCGCAGAGGAGUAGGAGGUAGUGGAGUAGGUGGUGGAACAUACCCCAAAAUUACUGGUGGCUAUGCUCCAGAAGUGGACCCAGAUGUGAAGGGACGGAAGAGGAUGUUGAAGAAAGUUCGUGGGAAGGAGGUUUUCAUGACUGUGGCUUACAGCAGAGGCGAGCCCAUGCUCCCGCCCCGCUUCCAGCACAACCUCCACACUGGCCGUGCCUCUCCCAUCCAUUGCCCCCCACAAAACAGCGGCACCAUGGUGUCUUACGAUCAGUUCCGUUCCCAGCAACCACCACCUCAGAGACACGGGCGGGGCUUCAACAUGAACAGGGGAGGAUUGCCUCGAUUUAUGAACAGAAGCAACAUGGUCCCUCCCGAGAUUCCAUUCUAUCCUGGGUCGGGCAAAAGAUGCUUCCCGAGCUAUGACAACUUUUCAUUUCGGUCCCGUUCUUAUAGCCGGAGCCGCCGGCAGAUGCACUGUGUGAAUAAGGAAUGCCAGUUUGGCUUUCCCUCUGAACCUGGACCUUCACCUCGGGGCAUGGAGGAAACAAUCACCUACUAUGAGAUUGAAGAAGGUGAUGAGACAGCUUACCCAGCUAUAGCGCCUCGGAAUACCCCAUCGCCAAUGGCUCCCUCUGCCGCCACCGGAUACUGGGUAUCAAGACAGGGGCCCAGUGCUAUGACCUCAAGCAAACCAGCUGUGACUCCAUCCGAAGAAGACGUAGAUGAGCCCACGGACAGUGGUGAAUAUCAUGAUGACUACAUUUAUCCCCCAGAGCGAGACUAUGAGACUCCAUCUGUUUAUAGCACUGCUGAAUCAACUGCUAACCUGUCUCUCCAGGAUGGAAGACCAUGUUCUAUGCCUUCACAAGAUACCGGUGCCUACAGCUACCCUCAAAAGAUGCUGAUGAGCCCAGCGGCCAUCUCUGCUGCUUCCUGUAGCAGCUCCCUGCCGCCGACUGUCUUACCAAGUUGCCCACCAAGUUCUCAGGUGGUCACAGCAGCUGCUGCUGUCUCCGCUCCUCCCAGCACAACUUCUAUGUCAUCACAGACCCCUAUGCAGCCUCUCUUUGUGGCUCCAGCUCAACUAAACCGCUCAGUGAUCCCAUCAGCAACAUACUCUUACUAUCCUGCUCCUGUUGCUGCAUCUGGUCCACCGAAUGACAUGGGCGAACCGGGAGGCUUCCCGAUGCCCCCACCUUAUUCAUAUGAUCCGAAUGGCAGUGACCUACCUCGAGAUACCAAGGUGUUGCAGUACUACUUUAACCUGGGGCUGCAGUAUUUCCACCAGAAUUACUGGCACUCCAUGGUCUAUCUGCCUCCUCUGCAACAGCACCAGCAGCCGCCGCCACCACCUCCGCCACCACCACCACCACCACCACCCCCUCCACCACCACCACCGAUGCCUUCUCAGCACAUGGCUCCUCUUGAAGCCUAUCCUGUUUAUCCUGAACAUAUGCCAAUGCCAGACCAUGCAAUGUCCCAGAUGUAUAGCGAUCUGGGGAGGAUUGAUAACCGGCAGGUUCCUCCCGAGUCUGUAGCUGCCAAUGACUAUAUGAGAAGCCGCAUGAUGUCAGGUGUCUACACGAAUCCUGAGCCGCCACCACCACCCUCCGGGCCUGUCUACUAUCCAGUUAUGCCAGAGCCCUAUGGCCAGCAUCCCCUGCAAGGAUACGACCCCUGUGUUUCCACGGUCCCUGCUUAUCACUAUGUUGCCCCAUGGCACCAGAUGUCUGCAUAUGGCAGUUCCCCCCGAAUCCAUGGUGCUGUGAAUCCUGGCCAAGUGCCCCAGGUGAGCUAUGUUCCAUCGGCCAAUCCUGGUGCAGCUCACUAUCCUCCUCCAAACAUGUGAGGCUGAGCAGAGUCUUCCCACUGCCAUUUUGCUUGCAUUGCCAUGAUUUGUGGGAAAUAUUUGGAUGAGAAUCGGUGUCACUUUUCUUGCUUUCAGAUGGUUUUUCUUUGGAUUCAUGUUAGUUAUAAAAAGAUUAAGGUUUAUUAAAAGUGCUGACUGUGGAGACUUGAGGUUUAACAUCAUCACCACGUGGAGCUUGUCUGCUCCUAAGCUGCCUUGAGGCCCCUUAACAUCAGCUGACUGGCCUUGGGUCACACCAGCGAUUUCUUUGGUUUGAAACAGCCUUUGGGUCUUAGUGAACCCAGUAGAAUUGGACAAAAACUUGCUUCGAGCUCUUGUCAAAAAAGAUCAUUCAAUCUUUUUCACUUGUUAUUCAGGCUGUCGGCAUGACCCACGAGCCUUAGUUUUUGCCUCUCAUACUCCACUUUCUCUAAAGGGUGAUCGUUACCUCUCGCAGCCUUCAAAUGUUUAGACUGAAUUGUGUUGGCUUGUGGUACUAAGUUGGGGAAGGCACAUAGUGUUCUUUCUUAUAGGAACAUCAGAACAACUCCAUUAUUUUGUCACCUCGAGUGCCUUAAGUCUCUCUUCCAGAGAGAAUUAAUUUCUGUUGCCCACAAUAGUCAAAUAAAACGUUCAAAUGGCCAAAGCGUGAGUUUCUUUUGU